UUGUUUUGACGUUUCCACCAUAUUGUUUACAUUUAUUUAUUUCUGUUUAUCAACAGAGAAAUAAUCCUCGAAAUCUCUCUUGAAAAGUGUUCUUUUUGUUUAAAAGCAUGUCUUCAGCACUCUAUCUUGAGCACUAUUUGGAUGGUUUAGAACAUCUGCCAAAUGAACUACAGAGGAAUUUUAAUCUCAUGCGGGAUCUGGAUUAUCGCGCCCAGAACAUCAUGCAGACGAUUGACGAGAAGUCCCAGGAAGUCCUCCAGAGCAUCUCCACAGACACCAGCAAAGAAUCUACGCGGCGGGAGACUGUUAAGCAAAUCCAGGAGCUGUUCAACAAGGCCAAGGAAUUUGGGGACGACAAAGUGCAACUGGCGAUUCAGACGUACGAACUGGUGGACAAGCACAUCCGGCGCCUGGACUCGGACCUGGCACGCUUCGAGGGUGAGAUCCAGGACAAGAACAGCAUAAAUCGCGGCAAAUACGAGGACGUUUCCAAAAAGAAACGCAAGGGAAAUGACACGAAGGCUUUGGGUAAGAAGAAGAGGCCACAGUCGUCUGAGGACGAGGCCAAGUGGAAUAACACAAAUGCCAGUCCGCAUGUUGGUAAACACAAGAAACAAAAGGUAAUUCAGGAAAAAGAUAAUCGCAAAGGUCCCAAGAAGAACGCCGACAUCGAGGAGCGCAUCGCGGACUUGGAUGGCCACGCGACGCCGCACCCGAGCGACGUGCUGGAUAUGCCCGUGGACCCCAACGAGCCCACUUACUGCCUGUGCCACCAGGUGUCCUACGGCGAGAUGAUCGGCUGCGACAAUCCCGACUGCCCAAUCGAGUGGUUCCACUUCGCAUGCGUGGGCCUCACGAUCAAGCCCAAGGGCAAGUGGUUCUGUCCCAAGUGCUUCCAGGACAGGAAGAAGAAAUAAAACAACAUUCUCAC